AUGUCACCCAUGGCAAGGACAGGAGUCGCUGCCCUAGGUGCAGCAGCUUGGACACGCUGUCGCGUGACUCCGACAACAAAAGGUGAUUUCUGUCCGACGCUUCCGCUGGCUGCGGCGCAUUCUGCACAGCGGCUGGCUGAGCGACAUGCGGUUCGAGGCUUGCUUUUGCGGGGGAAGGUCUUUGCAAGCACAACUCCGGCCGUGCAAGAUAUCGGUGCCGCGUCGAUCUGCAUCCAGCUGGAGGAGCAGGGUGGAGGACGCCCGGUGGAAUUGUUGGAUGGUGGCUACUUGGUGGCCCUUCGGCCAGAAGGUAGAAGCACCGGCUUCCUGCCAGCUGUAGCUGGCGUGCCCGGGCGACAAGGCCUCGACCGUGCGGGGCGUUCUCGCAUCGGACUGGCAGAAUGUUUAGUGAUGGCAAGGCCCGUUCGGCUGGCAGACGAUGAGGAAGGACAUGUGACUUUUCUCCAUGAUGCAGCUCUCCGAGGCUGGCUGUCAGACGAAAAGAUCCUGGAUGUCGUGUUGUUGGCUCGAGUGACCGACUUCUUCCUAGGCCUCAAUGCAGGGACUUGGCUUCGCAUACGCAUCAGCGACAUCGCAUCCGCCUCUGCCAGGUGGCUUGCUGAUGCCAGCUGUCUGGGCGAUUCAGGCACCUUCGAGGAGCUCUUGAAUGCAGCAGGCCUGGAUCUGGCCAACGAGGUCGAACCUCCGCCUGAUGAUGCUUCACAGCUUUGGCACUUCUGGGGCGGCGGAGGCAACACCGGCAUGUCUGGCCAGAUGACCAACAACCCAGAGCUCGCACACUCGGAGAAUGAGGAGACACAUGUGUUCCACUUCUCGCACAAGGGUGUUGCUGUUUCAGUGUCAGAACGGCGGCAGCAGCCGAAAGAUCCGUUAGCAACAGACUACACCGGAGACUUGGUCUGGCCCACAGCGGUGGCCUUCAGCAGAUACCUCUGCGAGAAGCACUGCUUGGAAGGUGCGCGAGUUCUGGAUGUGGGUGCCGGGACCGGCCUCGUGGGGCUCCUGGUGCAUCGGAUGGGAGCAAAGACCGUCACCUUCACCGACGUGCCUCGCGUCAUCCCGUUGUUGUCCAGGAAUGUGGCCUUGCAUUGCCUCCCCGAUGCGACCAGAAAGGCGGGUCCAACCGAAAAGCAAGCUGGAGAAGCCAUUGUCCGGCCUCUUCUUUGGGGGGAGGCUGAAGCCGAGGCCCUGGUCCAAGAGCGAGGUCACUUCGAUCUGGUUCUUUGCUGUGAAGUCGUUUACCAGCAGCCUCAGCAGGUCUGGCAGGCUUUGCAAGCCGUGUUGAAGCGAGUGCUGGCGCGACCUGGAGGCCGAGUUGUCUUUGCUUAUCAGCAUCGUGACGGUGCGGAGGUGACCGACGCGCAGUUCUUCGAAACACUCGAGGAGGCAUGCGGCGUGCGCCUCGAGAGCGAGGAAUCGUUGAGUGUAUGGGAUGAUGCUUGGGAUGACAUCGACUUCCGCUGGGUCAGGACGUACGUGGCCACCGCGGCCGCGCAACUGUAG